AUGAAGGACUAUAGCGCGUCAAGAGGACAGAAGAGCAAACUUGCUGCAGCGGUCAAGAUUCUCCUUAUCGGAGACAGUGCUGUGGGAAAGAGCAGUCUUAUUCUCCGGUUUUCAGAAGACAAUUUUAGGAGCGACCUCACAUCCACAAUUGGAGUUGACUUCUUGAUCCGCACAAUGGAAAUCGAUGGUGAGCCGGUGAAGAUGUCUAUAUGGGAUACAGCUGGGCAGGAGAAAUUUCGCACCAUCACUGAAGGUAAAUAUGACCAUCAUCCGUGA